AUGCCACGCGUGACCCGGCAGAACCGCCUGUCUCAAGGCCAACCGGCCAUCCAAAUCUUCACCAGGGCAACCAAGGCUGGCGUCAGCCCGCAGCUGCCGGGUAAAAACACAACGUCUCUUCCAGUAUCGCCUUCGAAGAAGAGAAAACUGCAGGAGCUCGAGAACGUGGACACUGGUACCCGGCAACCGGUCGACGAAGCCGAAACGCCUUCCAAGACUCUCAAAAUCAGCCAACUCUCCGUUGCAUCCCCGAGAAGUGGCCACUAUGCCUCGCCAAAGCGCACACCGAGUCGAAGAGUCCGGGGAUCGGCCAUCGCAGAGUCUCCCUCCGCACCUAACACCCCCUCGAAGCAGCGCACUCUGGAUUUUGCAAAAGCCUCCGUCGAGCCCAAACUCGCCCCUCGAGCUGCAUGUGUUAUCGACUUCCUGGACCUCCAUCUGGCCUUUGUGCAAGCCUUUUCCCUCCACGCAGCGCACAAUGGUCCCCGAACCCCCGCCGACCUGAGAGAAUUCCUCCCUAGCGUGACCCGGAUCUGGAAAAAACGGAAGGUGCAAGUGAAGGAUCUGCAGCGCCUUUUCUGGGUAUGGGAUCGAAGCCUCAAGGCUAAGGAUAUUUCAUAUCGCCUGGCGAACUAUGGACUCGGAAAAGUGUGUGUUGAGCGUACUUUCAAUAUUGAGGAGCAGCCCCCUGCCUUGCAAGACUUUUUCGAGCAAUCGCUGGAUCUGCUUUGGGAGCAAACCGAAGAGUCAUUGAAAGAUGCCAAAGAGGAGGAUCGACCCGCUUUCUUCCUUGAGACGAUCGGGCUCGCCUGCAUCCACGAAUCUCUUACUCCCUUGACUUCGUUCCAUAAGGGCCAGCAGCGUCUACAGGAUCUGAAGGGCGGUGUUAUCCGCGCAAAAAUGGAGAAGCUCCGCGCUGAAAGCCAGGAGAGCACACCCGAAGCUCGGGCUCCCACCAAUGCCCGUCGAAUGGGUCUUCUGGAGCGCAUUAAGAACAAGCAGCUUCAUCAAUCCAAGCUCCCUCCACCACCGUCCAAGAAGGAUGUUCUCCGUCUCUCGGCUGCCGAAAGAGUGGAGGAUAUCGCUCAGAUUAUGGGAAUGCUGCGUCCAGCUGAAUUGAAUGGCACUGGUAUCAAGGCCAUGUUUGCCGCCCAGCGCAAGCCGUUCACAAUGGAUACUAUGAUCGAUCAUGUUCGAGACUCUAUUCGAACGCCGAUCCCUCGGGAUGAAAUCGAGACCUGCAUUGAGAUUCUGGCAGACACCCGAGUUGCUGGUCACUGGGUUAGCAUCGUUACUGUUAAUGAGAUGCGGUCUGUUGUGUUGAGGUCUUGCAAGGAUAUCGCUGCCAGCGAGCUCCCGGCAAAGGUUGCUGUGUUGAAAGCUGAGUGGGAGAAACCUGCCAGCUGUGUGAAGGCUCCUCUCGUGAGCGUCUGA